AUGGCGUGUGUGAAAUUUCCGUGGGAAUUGAUGGAAGAGAUACUCUAUCGUGUUCCAUCUCUAUCUCUUUCCCGAUUCAAAACUGUUUCCAAAGAAUGGAACACACUUCUCAACGAUAAGACGUUCAUCAAGAAACACUUGGCUCUCGUCCGUCCUCAAUUCCGUUUAUGGACCAAUUCCAAGGUUUAUUCGGUUGAUGUCAGUCUAAACGAUGAUCCAAAUAUAGAGCUGCGUGAAUUGCCCUUAGAUAUUCCUUAUGUAAUUGAUCAUAGGACUACAAACUUUCUUCCUUGCAAUGACUUAUUGUUUUGUGCCUCAUGGUGGAGCAAUAAAGCUGUUGUUUGGAACCCGUCGUUGAGACAAACUAGAUUGAUUAAAUCGGGGGAAGAACAUUUCCGGUUUGGUGGCAUAGGAUAUGAUAGUGGUAGACCCGGAAAAGGUUACCAUAUAUUUGGGCAUAGUCAUAGUCGGCUAAGUGUUAAUGGAAACACCUCUAAGUUUAUUAAAAGAUUUUAUAUCACCAAGUUUGAAAGUAAUGCGUGGAAAUGUAUUGAUGAUGUUUCCCUUGGAGAGAAUUCCAUAGGAGGAGAUUCAUUAGAUAAUAAUAAUGUAUCUUUGAAUGGAAAUUUGUAUUGGACUACUAAUAGCUAUGAUACUGAUGAAUAUCUCAUCCAAAGUUUCGAUUUUUCCAAAGAGAUAUUCAAAAUCUUUUGCGUUCUACCAAGGAAGAAGGAUUCUUCUGAUAUUCCAGUCCUCUCAGUUUUUAGGGGAGAUCGACUUUCGGUAUUACAUAAAUUUAAAGGAACAAAUAACAUGGAGAUUUGGGUGACAAAGAACAAGAUUAAUGAGAGUGUAAAAGCUGUGGUGUGGAUGAUGUUCAUGACAGUUUCAAUACCUAUAUAUAAGGACUCUAAGCCAAGUUACUUUAUCAAUGAUAUCUACGAAAAGAGACUCGUCAUGUGUUGCAGUGACGAAAAUGGAAAGGCUUGCGUUUAUAUUGUGAAGGACCAAGCAAGGAAAAAGAUUCAACUAGGUUUUCAUGUUAGUGAGUUUAGUCAUUGUUUCUAUGAUCCCAGCUUGAUUCCUAUUCCUUCAGAGACUUCAGGACAAAAAAUAAGCAAUAGUUAG